UGUCCUUUUCAGGACACUACACUAAAAAUUUAUGUUCUUUAAUCAAUAUUUAAUAAAUCUGGAAUUUACAGGAAAGUGUCAUCUGUGCUCCAGCUUCAUCAGGAAGGAAGACACUAAAGGCUCAGCAUGGAGGAUCUAACUAAUGCCGUUAAAAGUGCACUGAAGAAAAAUGAUGCUGCUGCAGCUGUGAAAUUGAUUAAAGAGUUUUUAAAAGACCAAAAUAAUAUUCCACUAAAGAUCGCCAUCACAGGAAAAUCUGGUGCUGGUAAAUCCACCUUUGUUAAUGCCUUCAGAGAGAUGUCCGAUGAUGACGAGGGAGCUGCUCCUACUGGUGUUACACAAACAACCUUACAGUGUACAGCGUACCCCCAUCCAAACUAUCCCAAUGUCACUUUAUGGGAUCUUCCUGGGAUUGGCACCACCAAGUUUCCAGCUGAUGAGUACCUGGAGCUUGUUGGAUUUGAGAAGUUUGACCUCUUCAUCAUCAUCUCAGACACUCGCUUCAGAGAAAAUGAGGUGAAACUCGCAAAGGAGAUUCAGAAGAUGAAGAAAAAGUUCUACUUUGUUCGAUCAAAGAUUGACAACGAUAUACAAGCUGAGAGAAGAAAGAGAGACUUCAAUGAAGGGAGGACUCUUAAAAAGAACAGAGAAAAAUGUGUUCAAGAUCUUGGAGAACUAGGCAUCCCAUUUCCACAGGUCUUCCUUGUGUCCAGCUUUGAGCGCAGUCUUUACGACUUCCCUUUCUUACGUGAGAUGUUCAAGAGAGAUCUUCAUGCACACAAGAGAGAUGCUCUGCUGUUUGCCUUGUCUGAUAUCAACCAGAAGAUCAUCAACGAGAAGAAAGAAACUUUUCAGUCUAAAAUAAAAUACUACUCUAUUCUGUCUGCAGCUGUAGCAGGGGUUCCAGUUCCUCUGCUUUCUGCUGCUGUUGAUCUUGGCUUGAUCAUUAAGGUUGUCAAAGAAUAUGUAGCUGGUUUUGGUCUUGAUAAGUCAUCUCUGGAGAGACUGGCUGCCAGCUCAGGUGUUCCAUACACUGAUCUGUUUGCUGUUAUCAAGUCACCACUGGCUAAAGGAGAAAUAAAUAAAGAGCUCAUCCUGAAGAUUUUGACCCAGCUAGCAUGCACAGCUGCAUUACUAGCAGCAGAGGAAGGAUUCAGAUGGAUUCCAUGUGUAACAGUGACAGUAAAACUAAGGCACAGCAGUGAAUGUUUGGAGUGGGGGCUCGAUGAACAGAGGGAGAGGUUGGUUAAUGGAGGUAUGGAGAAGCUGCAAUUGGGGACGGUGAAACAGAUUGAUUCCUCUUCUAGUCUUAAAUACUGCCUGCAGAUUGGCCUGGAUCUCCCACAGGUGAGUAUAACAGGUGUAGUGACGAAGGCUCUGCCCAGAGGCGGGAGCACAGGGACACCAUGGAAAAAUCCAGAUAACUCAGCCGGCCCAUGA